AUGGCAGACGGCAGGGCAAAAAGUGCAGGUAAACAUUGCGGCGCUUACAAAGGGCUCUCGCACCUUCUCCCGUUUCAGGACAACACGAGCGAAGAUGAAUUCGAACUCAUUGAAAUCGAAGAGGAGCCUACGUUCGUCGACAAAAUCACCUACUACUCGCACGGAUUUCUUAUACUGGUCAUGGGCUCGUCGUACUUGAUCGCCAACUUCAUCAUGAUGGUGUGGGGUAUAGCUUUCGUCGGUUGGAUGGCAAUGGUCCUGUUAAUUUGGGCGAGUUUGAUCUGGCUCCUGCCCAAUCAAAAGAAAAUCAUGCUCGCCUCGAGUCCUUUCAUCGUUUCUUGGUCGAGUUUAGCUUUGGUCGUAACGUACCUCUACGGUUUGGAUCUCACCGAGGAAGAACUGCCAUCCAAGCUGGGUAUCUUCGUUAUCGACUCGUACACGAGACAAGGCGACCGGUUCGUUCAUCUGCUGGUGAAGACGCUCUGUCACGUGAUGCUAACUGUGUGUUUACGUCAAUAUAUGAGGGAAAGGGCGGCCGAUAAGCAAAAAAGACGCCUCGAAGAAGCUAUAGGUGUCGAAGAAACGCAAACUCUGACUGAUUUUAGCGCAGAGGGAAGUCUCUUAUUUGAGGACGCCAUGGCUUACUUUAAUAAGCGCUUGACGUUGUACUGGAUAUGGAUAGUUGGGGCGACGAUGGCGGCCAUAGCGUUCGUCGGCCAAAACUCCUUGCUCAAACUAGUGUAUUUGGUACUGUUCGCCACUUUGGUGCUGUCGUUUCAGCUGUUGCCCUUCAAGCGUUGGAAACAAUUUCUGCGAUUUUAUUGGUGGCUGACGAUUUGCUACGCCAUGUUCAACUUAUUUUCCGUGUAUUUAUACCAGUUCAGUUUCGCCCGCUCUGCCAUAAAACAACACUUGGACGAUGACACAUUAAAUAAAUUGGGAUAUCAGCACGUCCAGACCAUCAAGCAGCUGUUCGUUAAGUUAGCGCCGGCGCUUUUCUUUCAAAUCGUUUCAGUAUUACAGCUCCGUUAUUUUCAAAUCGAUUUCGAUAAAUUAACUGAUCCGUCAUCGGAAGGGUAUUUGGACGAAGAGGAUAACCACAAGAAACCCGAUUCCACUUGGUCCCGAAUUAGGCGCGAUUAUUCCCAGUUCAUAAACGUCCUGUUUUUGAUAUGCGAGUUCCACUUGCCCAAAGUCGCCUUCGUAAUCGCCGUGUCUUACGCCGUCUUCUUCAAGUGCUUCAUUUUCAUGGUGGUGGUCGCCGUGAUAAGCCUGGCACAGCUAUUUGGAAAAACGGCCACCAGAUUCGCAAUCCACUUUACGUCCGUCGUGGUAUGCGCGACGCUGGUGUCCCAAUUGGCGUACGUUCUAACUACCCAAAAUCAUAGGAGACUUGACGUCACGUGUCAAUUCCGACGAGGCGAUCGGAUUUACAACGUUACACGCAACACAGCCGAAUGGAUCGGUUUUUCAGCAAAAACUGACGGCGUCUAUUCGUCGACCACGGAUUACUCAAUGGCGUUUAGCUAUAUCGCGACCACCACCAUCUACAAGGUGGCAGCGCUGAGGCACCUUAACCGUAGGAUGGCAGCGGGUAUUUCAUCCACCGAGGAACCUGCCGCCAUGUUCCCCGAGGUGAACUUCGGAAACUCCCACGCCAGUUUCCUUAACAUGGUCAAGUAUUUGGCCGAUUACGGAUUCUAUAAAUUCGGCCUUGAAGUAUACAUUUGUUUCGGGAUGUGCACCAUAGCGAUGAGAUUUCGCAUGGACUUGAUGGCGCUCAUCUAUUCGAUUGUACUCUUGAUAGUGUUCGCGAUGAGUCGAGCGACGUUGGCGAAAAUAUGGCCCGUCCUCACUUGCGGCCUGGCUAUUUCCUUGAUGUACCAGUACUAUAGCGCCCUGGGGUGGCCUCCUAGCACUUGCGACACAACCGUGAUUGUUCUCCCAUCAGUUACGAAAUACUGGAACCAGCACGAAAUAUAUAUCCGUCUCCAGAAGUGGUUGUUUAUCAGAAACGACGCGUAUCCGCCGAAAAUAAAAAAACUCCUCCUCGACUUUGUACUACUCCUCCUCAUGGUCGACCAGUGGCGGGUAUUCCGGAUCGAGAAGAGCUACACCGGCGAGGCAUACCCAGGCGGGAGCAACGAAAGCGUCGUCCAUUUGAUCGAAAACAAGCGUUUCACCAAUCCGGUACCAGAUUUUAUCAGCAACGCAACGUCAGUUUUGGACGUAAUCAAAAAGAGUUUUCUGUGCUCCCUGUGUUCGGUGUCGUUGUUUUCGAUGUACCUCGCCGGGGCUAUGCGUCUGGGCAUCUACACGUUCGGGUACCUCAGCCUCGCUUGCAUUUUCCUUUGGGAAGGCAGCGAAAUGUACCUCAGACCCAUAAACUCGAUCAUACGGAGAUGGAAUCUACUGAUUGCUUACACUAUCGUCGUCAUGAUACUGCGCGUGGGAAGCCAGCUUCUGGGCUGCAUCCUGGCGUAUUACUAUCUGGAAGGACAUUGUUACGUGUUUCAUCUGCUCGCCGUGGGCUGCGUGGACAGAUUCGGCGACGUCGAUGACGUGCCCGACCUCAAGAUGGAGACCAACUGCCAACUUCAGACCGAACACAUGGGACUCGGAUGGGAUAUAAUCUGUUUCUGUUUGUUGUUGGCGCAGAGGCGACUGUUUUACAGCUACAAUUUCUUCCACAUAGUCAACGACGAGAAAAUAUUUACCAUUUUGGCGUUCAGGGGUGCCGAAUUGAUAGAAGCGAUGGACUUGAAGAAGAGGAAGGCGAUCGACGAAGAAGAUCAGCAAAUAAGGGACAAAAUGAAGCGGAAAAUGGAGAAGAUUCGAAAGGUUCACGUAAGAGUGCAGGGCGAGAACUAUUUUAGCAGGAAGCAAAACCAUAUUCGGGUGUUGCAAUCGGGGGAUUAUUAUCUGUUCGACGAGAUCGACAAUGACGAUAUCGAUUGGAUGUACGAGACAGGCGACGAUAAUGAACGAGAUCAUGACCCGUAUGAUCCGAUGUUAAUUAGCGAGUUUCUAAUCGAAUUGACUCAAAACGGAAUCCGUGGCGUGUUAAAGGAAAGGAAUAAAAGGCGAACUCUGAAAGCUGCAAGAAUGCGGGGAGAAGAUUUGGGUAAGGCGUCGGUUCCUCAAGAGGACAGAGCGACUACCAGCAGCGACGCGGACGACAUCGAAUUAGUGGAGGAACCUCACGAUUCGUUCGGCAUUGUCAAAGUCGUUUGGGGAUUUAUAGAGGCUUGCGUGGUUAGUUUUACGUUAUUCCUGAACCACAAAUCGAGCGAUCUGAGAGACAUUUUGGAAGAGAUGAAGCGGGAACGGCUCGUGCUGAUGAAAACGGAUUAUUACGUCGGCAGGAGGGCGACAUCAAAUCAAAUAUGGCAGCCGUCCGAAUCGUACAGCGAAUUAUUGAAAUCGACGCAAGAUCAGGUGCCUCACGGAGUCGACCCGAUCAACUAUUCCAUACUCGGAAAACUUUACCUCGCUUGUUGGCACUUUCUACUCACGCGUUCGGAGUGGUGGUGCUACCUGAUCAUAAUCCUCCUCCAAGCGGUGGUAAACGACUUCUGUUCGGUCCCGUUACCGCUCCUGGUGUUCUGCUGGGGCACGUUGGUCAUCCCAAAACCGACCAGGAUGUUUUGGGUCGCGAUCAUCUCCUACGUCCUGGUUAUGUUGAUAAUCAAAGCGCUGUUCAGACUGCACCCGUUGCCGUGGAGCGAGCAGCAAAACGUCGGACCGUUUUAUCCGCCCCAUUUCCUCGGCCUUCACACCGAAUCGAAAAUCGGUUUCGAUUUGGUGCUGUUGUCCCUUCUGUUUUUUCACAGGACGAUUUUGCGUUGGUUGGGACUUUGGAAAUCGACAGAAUAUCGCACAUCGACGUUGCUAGCAGACGGAGACUACGUUAUUCGGGACGGACAGCUGGAACCCUACAGGGCUGCGCAGAGUACUGAUGCAAAAACAACGCCAAAAACGCGCCAAAGGAUGAAAAUAUUCAACAUAAACAGUAGGGACAUUGCUCUAGGCGACUACUUCCCCAAAUCUGUUAUCGAUGGAGCACGCAAAUACGGAGAAAUCAUACUGUUGUUCAUGCAGCAACUGAUUCAGCCUUCGCUACAAGUGCCUGACGACGUUUACACUCCGAUGUUCCUUUGCGACCUGGUCAACUUCUUCGUGCUCAUCUUUUUCUUCCAAUCUUUCGAUGUUCAAUCGGAAGAAACCGGUUUCAUCGACUACGCUUCUCAAAAUACGAUCUCGGUCAAGUUCGUUAUAGUCACCCUCGCAUAUUUCGGUCUAAUGCUGAUCGAUCGGUGGCUAUACCUGCGGAAAAACAGAUUCGGCAAGCUAGUGUUCCACUAUACCCAGGUGAUCCUGUUCCACGGAUUACUGCUGAUUAUGAUCCCCUUAACCGCUCAGAGGUGGCUUCAGCACACCAGACCCCUGCAGGUGUUUUAUUUUUUCAAAUGCGUCUACUUCCUGCUUUCGGCGCAUCAGAUAGGCAGGGGGUAUCCGUUGAGGAUUUACGGGCACUGCCUUUGGAAGGCGCACGGAAUGUUCAACGCGCUAGCGUUCCAGCUCUAUUCCGUUAUACCGUACAUUUUCGAGAUAAGGACGCUCAUCGAUUGGACGUGCACCGACACCUCCCUCACCGUCAGCGAGUGGUUCAAAGUCGAGGACAUCACUUCGAACAUAUACCUGCAAAAGUGUGAGCAGGAAGCGGGCGGAGUUCAGAUACCGGCAGGGGGGAGGGCGAGGGGAAAAAAUCUGAAGUACUUGACAGGCGGAUGCCGCCUCCUCUUCCUCAUACUCAUCAUAAUCGCGCCUCUCGUGAUAUUCUCAAUGGGACGAUCAGUCAGUCAGACUUCCACCGUCAUCCUGGUCGGUCUGAAAUUAAACCUGGGCUAUUACGAGGCGGCCACGUGGAUCUUUACGUCGGAUUUGAUCAGGUUCGACCAGGAGGACUACGAAGCGAUGCAGCUUGCCUUCAACAAUAUCGAUAUCGCGGAAAAAACGUUCGAUGAUUUCGGACCGGAAGAUAUAGUCGCCACACGGCUCAAGACGUACGCAUCGCGGUUGUGGACCAUUUCGCCCAUCGACUAUAAGAAACUGGUCGACGAAGUCAACUCUGCCGCGCCAUUUAGCGCGAUGCUGAGGAUAACGAUCGUACGAAACACGCCCUCGGGGGAAUCUCAGACCUUGACUGACGCCAGCAACAUUAUUUUGCUGCCGCCCGCACCCGACCCGGAUAGAUUAACCCUCGCCAAAAUGCUCACCGAGUCCGAAUCGUCGUCCACUCCAAUCAGACUGCGUAAUAUACUACCGAAAUUCGUACGGGUCAUGGACAAUGGCAAAAUCGUGCCGAUACGCGGAGUGAUGGAGAAUCCUCGCUCGGUACCGGAGAACCAAACGAGAAAACCGGACACCUUCAGGAAUCUGCUCGCCAUAAUGAGGAAGGACGAGCACGGCAAGAUGUGGUGGGAGAUGAGGGAGGAUUGCAACCCGAACGAGCUAAAUUACAAAUAUUACCUAAAGAAAUUGAUACACAACUCUUGCGAUUAUAUCACGCUGUACGUCCUGAGCGAUAAAAUAUUACCCGAAACACUGACCAUCGUCACGGGUGGGGGGGUGAUCGGCAUGUACUUGCUUUACUUUAUGAUGGUGUUUGGUUUCGUCAGAGGCAUCUACGGACAAGUGAACGACAUAUGGAUCCAGGAUAUGCCGUACGUCGACAGAAUUUAUCAGAAAUGCAUGGAGCUGUACAUCGCUAGAGAUCUGGGCGAUUUCGAACUUGAGGAGGAGAUUUGUUCUCAGCUCAUAUUCAUCAUGAGGUCCCGCGAAAUGUGCAUAAAAUUGUCCAGGGAACCAGGCGAUCCCUAUAAUCCCAAAUUUCUAACACCCGGAUCUUCAACUUGAUGUAUAUACAUAAUUCUUGAAUAAAUUUCAUAUUUUA